CACUACUCCAUCAAUGUGAUCGUCACUGCGCCGUAUGCUUUGGCUGUUAACAUGUUCGCUAGAUUCGUGAUUCAUCAGACUCUAGGGUUACUAAAGUACCGAACUUUAAUUGUGAAUUUUGACCAUUAUAAGCUUUCUAAAUGCAUGCCCCUGUAGAUCCAAGGCGGGCUUUCGUGGGCUUAGAACUCUGUCUGAAAAGUGGUUGAUUUCUCUAUUUCUUCUCCUCCUGGCCAUUUGUGCCAGAACUUGCAUGAAGACAGUCGAGAAAUAAUUCUUGGCUUCUGACUUUCUGAAUCUGCGUGCUGUUUGCUUUGUUUGCGAAGGGCAUUUAGUUGGCCUGUUAAUUGGAAUACGUUUGUAUUUUUUUUUAUCAUCAGUACCAAUCUAGACUCUUAAGAUCUCUAAUUCUUUUUUCUUCUCCGCUUUAUGACGAUCUAGCGUUGGAAAUUUUUAUCUGUGAUAUUUGAUGCUUGAAUGUGCCUCCUAAUGUUUGAGUCGAGUUUAUAAAUGAUUAUCGAAAGAAGUCUCUUCUCUUUGGAGAGAUCUGCUUUGCCCAAGAAAUUAUGGGAUUGAAAAAGAUGCUAGGCGAGUAUGAUAUACUGUAGUUUUCUUAUUGUCAGCAGUACGUGAAAGCUGCUGCUGCUGCUCCUUCUUGGUUUUUAUUUGGGACGGGGGUGUUGCUAUUUGAUUUUGGAUCCAUUCGCUCCCGAAAAUUUAAGAUAACAUUCCGCUCUUUUCAGCUUUCUCCCUUGAUUGAAAACUUAGUUCUUUAAUUCUUAUUUUUUUUUUAAGUUGAACUCUACCCGUCUGAUUGUCAGAUUUCAGUAAGCCUUUCAUGUAAUUUUAUAGUUUGAAGCUCUAUUCCUUUGCUUCUCUACUUCUUGGUGGUGCUAGGUGAAGAUUGGCUCUUCAAGAUGUUUAGAGUUGGGGGGAAAAAAAAGCAAUGCUUACAGCGUGGAAAUGAAACGUUUCUCAUAUUUAAGAUUGGAAAAUGUGAAAUUAUACAUCACUAAAUUUACUUGUGAGUGCAUAUAUUUUUAUUUUUCAUAUGCUUUAGUCGAGUUUAUGUGAAUUAGACGCUUUGUGGACCUCAAAAUUAUGUUAUUGUAGCACAGUAGUCCUAGGCCACUGUCACUUUUUCCCGGAGGACGACAUUUUAUCAUGUCCCAGUUAUAACUUUAUGCUAAUUUCUUAUUGCAUGCUUAUUUUGUAAUGCUUUUUGCUUUUUAAUUUUUACUUGUUGCAGUGCAUGUCUCAUUUUCUUCUUUCAGUCAGGUACAAUAUGUAGUGGUUUCAUCAAACAAAGUGAUCAUGUUGUAGAAUCCAAUGCUAGUAGAGAAUUCUUUAUUGUCUAUAGCUAGGUGAGGGUAAGCAUAUCCAAAGUUGAGACAACCAAAAAAUGGAGUGCAACAAGGAUGAGGCAGUUAGGGCGAAAGAACUAGCAGAGAGGAAAUUUUCAGAAAGGGAAUAUGCUGAUGCAAAGAAGCUUGCCGUCAAGGCUCUAAAUCUGUGUCCUGCACUGGAUGUUAGGAAUCAUUACAGAAAGCUGGCUCUCACUCUUCACCCUGACAAAAACAAGUCUUUAGGCGCAGAAGGUGCAUUUAAGCUGGUUUCAGAGGCGUGGAGUAUGCUAUCAGAUAAGGCCAGGAGACAAGCAUAUAACCAGAAUAGAAGUUUGAAAGGAUUUCAACAUAGUGCUUCUGACCAUGGCAGAACUCAGUCAGAAGCAUCAUGUAGAAAUGGUUUUAACAAUUUUAACAAGAAUGAGACUACGAAUGUGAGGAAUGGAAAUAAUAAUACUCGUCGACAACCCACAUCAGCUCCUCCUCCAAAGGCUAGUACCUUCUGGACAAUCUGUAACCAGUGCAAGACACAUUAUGAAUAUCUCAAGAUCUAUUUGAAUCAUACGCUUAUUUGUCCCACCUGUAAUGAGCAUUUCUUGGCUGAAGAUAUGCCUCCGCCUCCCAAUAUUUUCAAGUCAGCAAAUCGGUCUUCCAGCCAACAGUGUCAGAAUUCUCAACUACGUUCUGCAGGGAAUAAUCCAGGAAGCAAUUGUGCAGUUUCUCAAAAUAGAGAAGCAGGAGAUUCCUCCGGCAGAAUGUUUAACAAUACAAGCUCUAAGUGUAGUCCUCAGUCCAAAAUGGCUGGUUAUGGGAGCAGAGAUGGCCCAUCAUCUAUUGGUGCUCAAGCAGCAAAUGUUGUGCAGAAGGCAAGUGAGAAAAUGACAGAAGAUUGUGAGAGAGCACCAUCAAUUGCUGAAUGGGAGAGGAGUCAAAUGUCAAAGAGGACUGAAGGUUCCUUAAAUAAGGUAGAAAAGACAUUGAAGAAGAGGAGGACGGAUGAGAUUGGCAUUAAUGGUGAUCCAGGAUACAUGGCUAAUAAUAUUUCCAUGGGACAUUGGGUUGCAGGAUUCGGUUAUGUUUCUGAAUCAAGAAAGGCUAACUGGCAAACAGAGAGGACCUUGGGGUUUUCUGGUAUUACCAGCAGGCCCCACAGUAUGAGAGAAUUAGGAAUGUUUGAAAUACGGAAUAUGUUGAUACAUAGGGCUCAAAGCGAUCUUCGUGAGAAAGUCCAAGAAUGGAGAUCAACAACUGAAGCUAAGAAUACCAAGAAGCACAAACAGAACAAGAGAACCAUAAGCACAUUGAAUGACAAAACACCUAAUGCGGAGAAGCAUGGUGUGUCCGCUCUUAGUGGUAACCAGCAUCUGGACAGUGAUUCAAUUAAGAUGGACAAAGCCUGUAUGACGAUUACUGUUCCAGACUCAGAUUUUCACAAUUUUGACUUGGAUAGAGCUGAAAAUUCUUUUGAAGAGGACCAGGUCUGGGCUGCUUAUGAUGAUGAUGAUGGGAUGCCUCGGUAUUAUGCUCGAAUCCACAAGGUGAUAUCCUUGAAGCCAUUUAAGAUGCGGAUCAGUUGGCUUAACUCUCGAAGCAAUAGUGAAUUGGGUCCAAUAGACUGGAUAGGUUCUGGUUUUUACAAAACGUGCGGGGAUUUCAGAACCGGCAAGCAUGAAAUAACCGAAUCAUUAAAUUCAUUUUCACACAAGGUUAAGUGGACAAAAGGCACCAGAGGAGUUGUUCGCAUCUUUCCUGUCAAGGGGGAAGUGUGGGCUCUUUAUAGAAACUGGUCUCCAGAUUGGAACCGACGUACUCCAGAUGAAGUGAUACACAAGUAUGACAUGGUAGAGGUGGUUGAAGAUUUUGACAAAGGUCAAGGUGUAGUCGUUACCCCACUCACUAAGGUUGCUGGAUUUAGGACCGUGUUCGAUAGGCACGGAGACCCCCGAGGGUUAAUGAGGAUUCCUAAAGGCGAGCUGUUUCGUUUCUCUCAUCAGGUUCCUUAUCACUUGCUUACAGGACAAGAAGCUCACAAUGCCCCAAAAGGUUGUCGAGAGCUGGAUCCAGCAGCGACUCCUCUCGAUCUCCUUUAUAAUACAACAGAAGCAAAUGAGGCACCCGAUGGUGUUGGAAAACGCAGGGAAAAUGCACUGCUCAGUUCAACCGAAAAGCGCGGGUUUGGGAUCGAGGAAAAUGCACCCCAAGAAUAAGUACAAGAGAAAUGGUAGAUGGAGAUGCCGAAGCGGAGAAACCAUAUUAGAUGAUACUGCACAGUAUAGAAUAGAAAAGUUGAUGUGACUGUGGAUGCGAAAUAGUCUUUGAGAAAUACAAACAUUAUCCGCUUGGGCUCUUGAUUUUUGUAAAGUAGAAAAGAUAAUCCGGUAGGUUUUUUGGUGGUAUAAUUGGAUCAAAGGGAUCCUCUGCAUUUGGGAUUUUCUUUCC